AUGUUUCUUAAGUCAUUAUGGCCAUGGGAGAAGCUAGAGAGCAUGGAGGUGGGGGCUGAAAGAAGUGUUGGUGGUUUGUUGUGCUUGUGGAAUCCACAAAUUUUUGAACUAAAGGAGUGUUGCAGCAACAGAAAUUUCAUACUUUUAUCAGGUAUGGGUCUUCAUACUUUUAGUUGUGUGAUUAUAAAUAUAUACGCACCCAAUGAUAUGUUGAAAAGAAGACAAUUAGGGUAUUCUUUAGCCCAGCUUAAACCAGCUUUCUCAAGUCCCUGGUGUAUAGGUGGAGAUUUUAACGAAAUAAGACUCAUGAGUGAAAGAAAAGGAUGCUCUAGAAGGGAAAGAGGGAUGAAGGACUUCAAUGAAUUCAUUGAUAAGUUGGAACUGAUUGAUAUACCAAUGCUAGGCAGAAAUUUCACUUGGUGUAAUGUGAUGGAUGGAGAUAGAUGGAGUAGGAUUUAUAGAUUUCUACUAGAUCCUAGGUGGCUGGAAAGAUUAAAGUUGAAACAGUGGGGGCUGCCUCGAAGCAUUUCUGACCAUUGCCCAAUACUCCUCGUGGAAGAUGAGCGGGAUUGGGUUCCAAAACCAUUUAGAUUCAUAAAUGCAUGGUGUUUACAUCCUAAAUUCAAAGAAGUAGUAAAGAAAUGUUGGGAAGGAACACAGCUGAAACAAGCAGAGGAUGAAAUUCAUGAAUGGGAUUUAAAAGUUGAAGAAAGGAUUCUCCAGGAUUCUGAGAUUAAAAGAAGGGCAAAAGCUGUGGUAAGUCAUUUCAAUCAGUUGUUCACUAAAGGAUGGAGGUGUAGACCAAAGUUGUCAAGUGUUUUUGCCUCAGUUAGUCAAACAGAUUCAAUUGAAUUAUUGGAGGCAGAAUUUUUAGAGGAUGAAAUCUGGGUAGCAAUCAAAGACUGCGAUGGUAACAAAACCCCGGGGCCGAAUGGUUUUAAUCUAAAGUGUAUCCAAAAAUGCUGGGACAUCAUGAAAGGGGAGAUUGUGCAUAUGAUGCAUGAGUUCCACUCCAAUGGUAAGUUGGCCAAAGGAGUGAAUAGUUCAUUUGUUACCUUAAUUCCUAAGAAGGAAAAUCCAGUGGGUCUAAGUGACUAUAGGCCAAUCAAUUUGGUCUUACCCAAGAUCAUUAGUGAAGUACAAACGGCAUUUCUAAGUGGAAGAUACAUUCUAGAUGGAGUUCUAAUUGCCAAUGAAGUGGUGGAUUGGUGGAGAAGGUCAAAAAAGAAAGGAAUCAUCCUAAAAUUGGACUUUGAAAAGGCAUAUGACUCAGUAAAUUGGGAGUUUUUGUAUUCAAUGAUGGCCAAUUUUGGUUUUGGUGAGAAAUGUGUGGGUUGGAUAAAGACGUGCAUAUCUACAGCUAGAAUUUUUGUACUAGUAAAUGGAUCACCUACUUUAGAGUUUUCCCCCAUGAAAGGCCUUAAGCAAGGCGACCCACUUUCACCUUUCCUUUUUAACAUUGUAGCAGAGGGCCUUAAUAUACUUGUGGAAAGAGCAAAAGAAGAGGGUUUGAUCAGAGGAGUCACAGUAGGGCCAAAUGAGUUGAAACUAUCACACUUGCAAUUUGCUGAUGAUACUAUUAUAUUUUGUGAAGCUGAAUGGGAAGAAAUUGUUGCUUUGAAAAGGAUUUUAAGAUGCUUUGGGGUGAUGUCAGGACUCAAAAUAAAUUUUCAUAAAAGCAAAGUGCGUGGGGUGGGUAUUCAGGAUGACCUAGUGAAGGUCUUUGCAAAGAAACUUAACUGCCUCAGCCAAAAGCAGCUAAUGAACUAUCUGGGACUUCCAUUAGGAGCAAAUCCAAGACGAAAGAUCUCAUGGAAACUAGUAGUGGAUAAGUUCAAGAGCAAGCUAGCUUCAUGGAAGAGAAGGUAUCUGUCUUUUGCAGAAAGAUUAACACUACUAAAGUCUGUUUUCACAAGCUUGCCAGUCUAUUUCCUAUCCAUCUUCAAGCUACCAGGUGUACUAUCAGUGGCUACAAAAAAUCCUGACUUACGAGAUUUCUUUUUGCAAAAUUUUAAGGUAAUUGUUGGAAAUGGUAGAAGAGUGCGGUUCUGGAUUGAUAGGUGGAUUAAUAAUCAAAGUCUGAAUAAGGUAUUUCCCAGAUUAUUCUCCUUGUCAGUUGAAAAGGAUGGCACUCUGUUUAAAUAUUUUCAUAGCAGAGGAGUGGGUACAGAUUGGAAUAUUGCCUUUAGAAGGCCUCUUCUUGCUUGGGAAGAGGAGGCAGUGUUGAAACUUAAUGAUUUGUUACAGAGUGCUCCUAGACUAAAUGAAGGGGUUGAAGACUAUUGCUCUUGGUUAGCGCACCCUUCUGGAGUCUUUAAUGUGUCAUCAAUCUGGAAGUGGGUGGUAGCAUGUAAAGGGCCAACUAUCACAGUCACUAAAAGCAUUUGGAAUAAUUUAGCCCCUCCCAAAGUACAGUUUCUGAGUUGGUUGGCUUGGAGAGGUAGGAUUAAGUCCUCUAAGUUUUUACAUAGGAUUGGAGUAUUGAAUUCUAAUGUUAGUGCAUUGUGUGUGUUUUGUAAAUCUGAGGUGGAGUCUUUAAACCAUGUCCUCCUUCACUGUCCUAAGAUCUGGAGAAUAUGGGCCAGUAUUGUGAGUUGGUGGAACCUGAGUUGGGUUAUUCCUGGUUCAGUAGAGGCAGUACUUCACUGCUGGUCAGGUCCAAAAAUGAAGAAAAAUGUAAAGGAGAUCUGGAAGAUGAUACCAUUGGCAGUAAAGUGGUCAGUGUGGAAACUCAGGAAUGAGUGCAUAUUUAAAGAAGCACAACCAGCUUUGAAUGAUUUGGCUGAUCUAGUAAAACCAGAGUUGCUAUGUGGGCUGUUUCCUCCUUGA